AUGGCGUCUGCAAACAUUUCAUAUAUCUCUGGAAACUCCAGGCAACUCUCUACCGAUUCUGUCCUCGCUUUCGACCAGCAGAGCUUUCAAACCUGGGUGAGCUCACUAUCCGGGCGUGACGCUGGAAUCCUCCUCGCCCUCAACAUCACCUCUUUUAUCGUUUUCCUCCUCUACAUAUUCCUUAAGCCUCUACGAUACCUUACGCCGAGAUGGCUCAAGCCUUUUGCUCAAGAGACUGGGCUUCGUCAGAAGAAUGGCAAGCGGUGGACUUUUUGGACGCCUUGCUUGAUGGCCAUUAGCUUUCUGGGACUCGCUCUGGCUGUUUGUUCUGCUAUUCUCAACCCUCGACUACCUAUUUCAUUUCUGGAUAUUGCGCCAUGGACUGUUGCGAUGCUCAUUACGCUAUUCGACCGUCCUACAAAGACCCCGAGGUUGUUGUUCGUUCAGUAUCUCCUCAUGACGUCGGCAACACUCGUCAUCUGCGCUGCUCACUAUAUCAACUUCAAGACAAUCAACCUCAACGUCUUUCAAUCCCUUCGAUUUAUUCUGACACUUGUCGCUAUUCUCAUCAUUGGCAAUAUGCCUCUUCGAAAUCAGUCAUGGGGAGCUUCAGACAUUGGAAGCUCCAAACGCGACCCUACCAACCUUCUCCGCAGCCCAGAAGAUAACCUCACCCUCUUCCAAUUCUGGACCGUCACUUGGGUGUAUCCUCUUGCUAAAAUCUGCCGCAAGCGAGAGAUUUCUGUUGAAGAUGUUUGGCAGCUGCCUCACGACUUUCAGCACUUUCGACUAUACAUGGCCUUUCGCGAGCUCAAAGGCAAACUCCUCCCAUGCCUCAUCGAAGCCAACGGUCUCGACCUCUUCAUCUCUACUCUCCUCGCCAUUGUUGAGCGCGUCUCUGAAGUUUCUAAUCUUCGUCUUACCAGCAAGUUGUACCGCGCUCUCGAUGACAAUGACCCUGCAGAGGCUGGUCUCUGGUGCGUGGUGAUGCUCGCCAUCGACACCAUCCGUCAGGUUUCAAAGACUACUUCAGGAUGGUACUCUCGCAAGGCGUAUGAGAGAUGCCGUGGCGAGACGUUUAUCGGAUUGUUUGGUAAACUCUUGACUCGUGCUGUUCCUGGAUCUGAGAUGACCGAGAAGGAUCCUGCUGCGGGAGAGGACCAAUUCAAUGCUCAUCCUACUCGCCUUGACAAGGUCAAGCAAUUCUUCAACGGAUGCUUUGGUCGAAAGAAAUACAAGCCCAUUACUACAGAAACCCCAAGCAACCAGGCUUCCAACGCCAAGGUGGUCAACCUGGUCCGCGGCGACACCUACGAGAUAUCGCAGCGGUUCUGGGAGUUCCCCAAGGUAAUCGCGCAGCCUAUCAAGGUCAUCGUCACCGUUUACUACCUCAUCGACAUCAUGGGCUGGCCUUCAUGUGUCGGCUUCGGCUUCAUGGUUCUAUUCCUCUGCUGCAACUCGCUCCUCGUGAAGCAGGUCAUCAAGCUGGAGCGACAGCGGACUGCUCACUCUGAUCGGAGAGCACAGGCUGUGGCGCACUUUGUUGAGGCUAGUCGCCCGCUCAAGCUCAAUGGGUGGACUUCUUCUUGGAGUGAGAGGAUCAUGAGGUUUCGUGAUUUGGAGAUGAGGAAGCGUCUACAAAUUUCGUUUGUCAAUGCUGCCAUUUCGACGAUUAAUGUUCUCGGAGGAGCUACUUAUCCUUUUGCGAGUAUCUGUCUUUACACGCUUGUCCUUGGACAGGGUCUUCCUAACGAUGUCAUCUGGCCUUCACUACAACUCUUUGCGCAGCUCGAGUCCGGAACAAAGGAGGCAUUUGACUUGAUCUCUGCUUACUGGAAGGCUACUAUUCCCGUCGACCGAGUCAACAAGUACAUGUCUGAACCCGACAGAGACGAAGACGCCUUUAGCGGAUCCUCUACAAAGGACAUUGAACUCUCCGUCGCCUCCUUCUCGCGACCUGCUACCGAACACCUCGUCCUCAGGGAUCUCACCCUCAAGAUAACUACUGGUCUCACUGUUGUCAGAGGCAAAGUCGGUUCUGGAAAGUCUAGCUUGCUUCUUGCGAUUCUCAACGAGAUGGAACACCGAAGCGGUCUCUUCUCCCGACCCGAUGAACCUAUUGCAUACGCUCAACAACUCCCCUGGCUGCAGAACAAGACGAUCCGCGAAAACAUCAUCUUCCACGAACCCUUUGACUCAGCACGAUAUCGAGAUGUCAUCAACGCAUGUGCCCUCGUUCCCGACCUUGCGACACUUCCAGACGGUGAUCGAACCAAGCUUGAGGAGGGAGGUAUCGGUCUCUCUGGAGGACAAAAGGCUCGCGUGGCUUUGGCUAGAGCUGUUUACAGUCGUUGUCGUAUUCUUCUUCUAGAUGACCCUCUUGCUGCCUUAGAUCAUGAUACUGCGAGAUCUAUCGUUCAACGUUUCCUUCGAGGACCUUUGGCAAAGGAUCGAAUCAUUGUUCUUGUCACGCAUAGAGAUGAUUUGGUUCUUAAGCAUGCUGAUCAGGUUAUCGACAUUACCAACGGUUACGCUCACGUCUUGACCCCUCAGGAGCUUGAGGAAGAGCUGGAGCACCCUCACCACGUCGACUCAGGCCCUGUCGGAACUCAAGCCCACGAGAUUCCACAAGAUCACUCUACUGAGGAUAUUCCUGGAGUCAAGGAUGUGCCGGAACAGGUUACUGAGACAGGCGCCAUUCCCUUGUCCAUCUACAUCAAGUAUAUGGGUGCUGGUGGAUGGCAUCUCUGGAUCUCCCUUGCCGUCUUUUACAGCUUCUCCCGGUGGUGCGACAUUGCUCGAGCCGGUCUCCUCGAAGCAUGGGGAUCCGAGUCUGUCAACCUCGAGGACUCGGUGACAAGCGGUUACUGGGGUCUUCCCGAUCCUGGUCAACACCCUUCUCCCUGGCUCGGUGUACUUGGUGGUCUCUCCCUCGCGCAGAUCGUGUCGUUCGCCAUCGCUCAGAUCCUUCUGGCAUCCAUCAGCAUCAACGCCGCGCGUGGACUGUUCAGGAUCGCCAUCGAAAAGGUGAGCAAGGCUUCUUUCCGGUACCACGACACGACUCCGACAGGACAGCUCAAGAACCGCCUGAUAUCCGACAUGGGCAUGGUGGACGGUGGAAUCCUGGCGCCUCUGGAAGCGUUCGUGUACAACCUCAUUGCUCUGGCUUUGAGUCUUGCCGCCAUCAUGACGCACCAGGUUUUCCUCGUGAUUAUCCUCGUCGCCGUGGCGCUCCUGUUUGUCUACUUCUUCCGGAUCUACGUGCCUGUUUCCCGCUGUCUUCGCCGUAUGGAGAUGAGGUAUCUCACUCCGAUUAUUGCCAACAUUGGUGUCAUGCAGGACGGGCUGGUUACGAUCCGCGCGCUCAAGGUUGAAGGUCGGUUUCAGGACAGACACCUCGAGGCUGUCGACGACUUUCAGAAGCAGGACCACUUCUUCUGGAGCAUGGCCUUCUGGCUAGACUGCAGACUCGGCAUGUCGUCAGCCGUUAUGCGAGCCGUCCUGGUCUUGUCGAUGGUGUACAUGGGGACACCAGCAAGCGCCGUCGGUUUCGUUCUGACGCAGACAAACAUUGCCAUGAGUGCUGUCCAGCAGCUGUGCGAGAAGUUUGCGGCUCUGCAGUUGGAUGCUGUGUCUCUGGAGCGAGUUGAUGCGUUGAACCGGAUUCCCGAGGAGCCGAAUGGUGAUAUCGAGCCGCCCAAGGAUUGGCCCAGGCCUUGCGAUGACGUCUGCUUCGACUCCAUGUCGUUCAAGUACGACGAUCAUCUCCCUUCUGUCUUGGACCGUGUCACUUUCGAGAUCCCUGGUGGUUCAACUUGUGCGGUCCUGGGUCGAACUGGAUCAGGCAAGUCAACCCUCGCCAACGCUCUCUUGGCAACGCGAGCCCCUGCGGAGGGCUCGGUCAAGAUUGGAAGCGUAGAUCUUUCCCAGGUUGACCGCACAGCUUUGCGUAACCGCGUCACUUUCAUCCAGCAGGAUCCGACUCUCUUCCCUGGCACGUUGCGCGAUAACAUCGAUCCAUCCGGGGAGUUUUCGGAUGAAGAGUGCACGAAUGCCAUCCACCGUGUUCUUGGUGAGGAAUGGAGUCUGGGCUCUCAGAUUGACGCUGGAGGCAAGAACCUGAGUCAAGGACAGAGACAGCUGGUUGGUAUCGGACGAGCCGUCUUGCGGAGGAGUGGACUGGUGAUUCUAGACGAGGCCACCGCGUCCAUCGAUCGCGGUACCGCAGCGACGGUUCAGCGCAUCUUGAGACAGGAACUAAAGAACAGCACUGUCAUCACGAUUGCGCAUCGUCUAGAGGCUGUGGAGGAUGCAAACUGGUGCUUGCGUCUGGAUCAUGGAAAGGUUGUUGAAUGCGGACCGGCGAGAAACCUGAGGUAG